AUUCUCUCACUCUCUCUGGGUCUCUGUCUCACUCUAUUUCCCUCCCACUACUGCUCUGUCUGAAUUUUUACACCUCUCUCUUUCUUUGUGCUCCUCCAUCUGUUCCUCACUCAGUUUCUCUCUCUGUCACUCUCUUUUGCUCCCGCUCUCUCUCUUCUCUCUUUCUCGCUCCAUCUCUCUCAGACGCUCUCAUUUACUCUCGCAUUCUGCAGUGUUACGGAGCUCUUUGGGAGACACCCGGAAUCAGUGAGAGGCGAGAGGUCAGUCAAGGUCGAGUCAGGGGUCAGACGGGAUGAAGGCACAGAGCCGCACACUCGGCAUGUGCUGCACACGGAUACUGCUCCUCUCCCUCACCAUGGCGCUGGUUGGCAUUGGAAUGGAGGUGCCGAGGCCGAUGCCAUACUCAUGGAAAACAGGGAUGUGGGGAGUGUGUGUGUCAGGGGCGUGCGGCUCGGCAGGCAGCCAGUUCCGGGCCGUGUGGUGCAUCCACUUAGACGGCUGGACGACGCUCCCAUCCAAGUGUGCGCUGUCCGAGCGUCCGCCCCGGGAGCGCCCCUGCGUACGAGUGUGCGAGUGGCACCGCACGCUCUUUGAGUGGCAGCUGUCACCGUGGGGACCCUGCAGCCCAGCCCCGCCCUCCUCCACCGCUUCGUCUUCGGCGGUGUCGCUGGAGUGUGUGACUGCGCAGCGCGGGGUGCAGAGGCGGCGUGUGUCGUGUACCAGGCGCACGGACGGACAGGCUGCGGCCGACCCGCGCGUGUGCGAGGCCUUCUCCCCGCCUCCGCCCGACGAGCAGGCGUGUCUGCUGCCCUGCCCCAUCAACUGUGUCCUGUCCGCCUUCUCCCACUGGUCUGCCUGCCGGAGCCAGAGCCAGAGCCAGGGCCAGGGCUGCGCUGGCAGUGGCACUCCCCCGCUUCAGCAUCGCACGAGGCAGGUCCUGGCCGCGCCACUCUACGGGGGCGCUGAGUGCCCCAGCCUGACCGAGAUGCGGCGUUGUCACCGCGGCGCCAAUGCCCCGUCCCCUUGCCCUCACGAUCAGCAGGAGCACAGCUACAGCCUGUGGGCAGGGCCGUGGAGCGAGUGUCGGGUCAGGAGCACGCUGCCCAUUGGGAGGACACGGGUGGACUUCAGCGUCCAGGACCACUCGGGCAGGGUGGAGGUCAAGAGGUCAGAUGAGGCCCGGAUGUCAGUGAUUGUGAGGAGGCACACGGAGAGCAUAUUCCGAGUGAACCACCACCAUCACCACCACCCCCACCACCAUCACGAAGAUGGAGAGUCAUGGGGCAUUCACAUUGGAUAUCAGACGCGACAGGUGCGAUGCACACGCAACGAUGGCAAGAACGUAAUGCUGAGCCUCUGUGAUCAUGACAACGCCCCUGUGAACUUCCGUUCAUGCGUAAUGCCCAAAGACUGUGUGGUAUCUGAUUGGACGGAGUGGAGCCCAUGCUCCAAAACCUGCCGCACAACAGACCAAUCUCCUGGCUACAGGACCAGGAAGCGUCAUGUGAAAGGGCUUCUGAUUGGAGAAGGAAAGGAAUGCCCCGCCCUGGAGGAAAGAGAGGCUUGUAAUCUCAUUGGGGACCUGCUCCCACUGUGCCCAAGCUACCAGUGGCUGCUGACAGACUGGGGUGAAUGCCAGAUCCUUCCUCUGCUGGGUCAGCAGGACCAUCGCCAUGGUAAUGCCAGCGUCCUCUGUGGAGGUGGCAUCCAGACCAGGGAAGUGUACUGCGUUCGCCUGGACAACGUCACAUCCUUCUCACACAAACUGCGGCCAGUGAGGCGGGACUUGUGCUCGGGGCCCAUCCCCUCAAUGGUGCAGAGCUGCUCCAUCACUUGUCCUCAGCUCUGCUUGCUGACUGAUUGGUCAGAGUGGGGACCCUGUGUUCAUGAUGAGUGCUUUGAGUCACAGGGGAAGAGAGGGUUUCAUGUGCGGAGGCGGUCUGUGUUGGGAGGGACUGGUGGAGUCUUCGAGAGCUGCCCACACCUGACCGAGGCCAUGCCCUGCGACAAGCCCACUUCCUGUUUCACCUGGCGUUUGACCUCACAAGGGCCCUGCACCCCACAGGAAGGAACUUGUGGUCCUGGGACCCAAGAGCAGAAAGUGGAAUGUGUGAACACAACAGGUAAGACCGUAUCUGGUGAUCGUUGCUCUGGUGACCUUGCUGCUACCCACUAUCCAUGUGAAAAACCCUGCGCUAGCAACUGUGUACUUAGCAACUGGUCGCCAUGGUCACACUGCUCCCUAUCAUGCUCUGGCAAGCAUUCUGAAGGCAAGCAGCACCGCACACGCUCAGUUCUCGCCCUACCUGAAGAGGGCGGUGCAGUGUGUCCAAAUGUCUCAGCCCUGCAGCAGUGGAGGUCGUGUGCCAGUGGCACCUGUGUGCACCUUCACUGGGCCACGGGCCCCUGGGGCCCCUGCACCCUCGACCCCCAGGGACCGCUUAACGUCUCUGCGACAGAGCAGCAGAACGCUACCUGUGGACUGGGCACCCAGAUGCGAGAGAUCACCUGUGUGAAAGCCAACAAUGGAGUGGUCACAUCGAAAAGAUGUCCGCUCUCGUCUCGUCCAGUGUCUGAGCGUGUAUGUGUGCUUGCAUGUCCAGUCGACUGCAUUGUCACUCCCUUUAGUGAAUGGAGCCCCUGUCCUAACACAUGCAGUCCAGCAAAUGCUACCGUAGUUAGUCAGUCACGGCACAGGAUCAUUAUCCAAACAGCAGCCAAUGGGGGCCAGGAUUGCCCUGACACACUGUAUGAGGAGAGAGAGUGUGAACGGACUUCUACGUGCCCAACUUACAGAUGGCAGACCCACCGUUGGAACAAGUGCAUUCUGGUUCCUGAUUCCGUGAGGCAAGCACUGGGGGCUUCCACUGAGUCCUGUGGCCAGGGUCUGGAGACCAGAGGUGUGAUGUGUGUGGGGACAGACGACUCGCCAGCUGCUCUGUCGCUGUGUCUGCUGUGGGGGGGUCCGAUGCCGGCUCAGAUGCGGGGGUGUCGCGUGGCCUGUAGGGACGACUGCACCCUGAGCAGCUGGAGCACAUUCUCACCCUGCCAGCGCUGUGGUGACUGGCGCUCACGCUCCCGAACACUGAUAGGUCGCAGCAGCAAGAAGCGUGUGAGAUGCCAGCAGGAAUCUCUGUACCCGCUGAAGGAGAGAGAACCAUGUCCCUGCUCUGAGUUCAGGGCUCAGCCCCAGGGCUCCUGGUCUCCAUGUCUGCUUCCGGGGCUCUCCGAGCGGACAGCAUGGCACCUAGGCCUCCCUGGACGCCCGCAGGGUCUGGAUGGAGUCCUACGCUGGAGACCAGCCCAAGGAGAGGGCAAGGAGUGUGGGCAAGGCUGGCGCUACAGGGCCCUGGCCUGCCUGGACCACCGUGGACAGCUAGUGGAGCCCACUCUGUGUGCAAGCUCAGGUUUGGAAAAGGAGCUGUGUCACGUGGCCUGCCCUACGGACUGCAGACUGAGUGAGUGGUCACCCUGGUCUACCUGCACCGCCUCCUGUGGCUGGGGCGUGAAAGUGCGGGCCCAGUGGCUCAGAGAGAAAGCGUUCAACGGAGGGCGUCCCUGCCCCAAACUGGACCUUAGGAAUCAGGCUCAGGUGUCUGAGGUACUGCCGUGUUACAGUGAAUGUGAUCAGUACAGCUGGGAGGUGGACCUCUGGUCUGAGUGCCACCUCAACACACUGCACAUCAACAGCACAGCAGCCAACACAACCAGCACGCCAAACACAGCCAGCCCAACGGGCACAGCUAACACACCAAACACAGACAGCCCAACGAGCACAGCUAACACACCAAACACAGCCAGCCCAACGGGCACAGCUAACACACCAAACACAGCCAGCCCAACGGGCACAGCUAACACACCCAACACAACCACCGCACUAAACACAGCCAGUCCAAACGUCACAGCAAACACACCCAACAGAACCACUGCACUAAACACAGCUAGUUCAAACAGAACGGCUAACACACCCAGCACAGGACUGGCCCCCACCAGCUACAGCCUGUCCAAUGCCAUUUCCACAUCCACUGGGCCAGGAGAGGUGUUAUCCUGUGGAGAGGGAGUCCAGAGUCGCAAAGCCAGGUGUGUGAGGCGAGGAAGCAACGGGCAGAGCCAACAUGUGCAUGAGACUCUGUGCAGCCAGCUUGAGCACCCAAUCACCUCACAGAUCUGCCCGCUGCCCUGUCCCACCCAGUGUGUGACAUCACAAUGGAGUCAGUGGAGCACCUGUCCAAUGGCUUGCCCCCCAGGUGCACUCAGGUGGAGAGGCAGGCAGGUGCUGAGGCAGUCCCAGCUGGGACACACAUGUCUGGAGCUGAGCCAGUCUCAACCCUGCCUCUUCAACUCCACCUGUUUCAGCUACAACUACAGCUACUCAGACUGGAGCUCCUGUCAACUCAGUGAGAAUGCUGUAUGUGGGCAAGGCAUUAAGACACGCCUCCAUAGGUGUGUCCGUAGCGACGACGAGCUGGUGGAGAUGAGCCUGUGUGCCGAGAGGGGGCCAUCAGAGAAGCUGAUCAUUUCCUGUGAAGUUAGCUGUCCGGUGAACUGCCUGGUGUCUGUAUGGUCACCUUGGUCUGAAUGUUCACACACCUGCGGAAACCAAAGUCAGAUGCUGCGCUCCAGGAUGGUGGUACAGGAGGCGGGAGACGGGGGUCAGUCAUGCCCCGCCCACCUCUCCCAAACCAAGCCAUGUCCCAUCAUGCCUUGCUACUCCUGGUUGCUUGGAGACUGGUCUCCCUGUCAGAUCGAGGGAGCGGAGUGUGGUGAGGGGGUGAAAGUGAGGAACCUUACAUGUGUUGUCCACUGGGGGGCGCUGUCGAGCGCAUCCCAGUCUGAUGCGGUGGUGGAGGAGGAGAGGUGUGACAGAGGUCAGAGGCCAGAGAGAGACACCCCAGUGCAGCUGCCCUGUUCUGUGCCCUGUCCAGGGGAUUGCCACCUUACCGAGUGGUCGCCAUGGAGUUCAUGCCAGCUAAUGUGUAUGGACGGACGCAGCUUUGAGACACAAGGACGCCAGCGCUCACGGGCCGUAAUCGUUCAGGUGCCUGAGAACCAGGAGACGUGUCCCAGUCAGGUGUACGAGACGCGGCCAUGCAAAGGGGGGGUGUGCCACACUUAUGAGUGGAGAACUGGGGGAUGGAGGGAGAACGAGAGGAACGUGUGGUGCCAAAGGUCUGAUGGAGUGAACGUCACAGGUGGGUGCCCCUCACACACUCGGCCCUCAGCGAUACGCCACUGCCACCCGCCCUGCUCCAAGCCCUUCUCUUUCUGCACACAGAGUGGUGUGUGCGGAUGUGAAAAGGGCUUCACAGAAGUCAUGACCUCACAUGGUUUCCUUGACUACUGCACCAGGACGCCUGGGCCUGACCACAAGAAGGCCGACGUCAAAACUGGUUCUGGCCAGGCCAGACCAGGCCGCACCCAAAGCCAGAACCCGCUCAGGGAGUGGGCCUUGCAGGCAGUGGGGCCAGAUGGGCGUGUCAGACCGUGGGUUUAUGGCCUGAUGGCUGCUGGAUUUGUUCUCAUCCUGCUCAUCAUCAUCAUGUCCUUCCUGCUGUGCAAAAACACCAAACCCAGUUCAAGCGGUGGGUGUCCCCAGAAGGCCCUUACGCUGUCAUAUGAUGGGGAUACGGAUAUGUGACCUUGUGCUCCACAACCACAGAGCUCACGUCUCAAAGAAUGGCCAGCUCUAAUUUCCUUCAACCAGACACAUGGGAUCCCAUCAGGCACCAAAUGGAAAGGCUCAGAGGACACAACACAGCAACAUUUUAAAACAGAACAUUCAAAUAUGUAUACUUUAUUAACCUGUACCUCUCUGAUAUUCAGCUCAGCUACAGGCAAUUGAGGAUUCUUCGGGAGGAAAUCUGAAUUUUAAAAAACCUGUUCCUGGUGAUUAUGCACAAGUGUAAGACAUGGCCUGGACAAUCACAUUAGGUUUUGAUGCGACUGCUACAAGCCAUGGGUCUCAUUCCAUGUGGCAGUUCUGCUAGACAGCUGGACUCAGACCUCUGGCAGAUUCUCUCUGUGCUGGAGGACUGGGGAGCCAGUUGGCCAACACUGCACACCUGGCAACACUCACAAAAGCAAGAUUUGUUUACAUUCUGCCUCAGAGAAAAACACGCUGCAAAAAGACUGAUGGAAAAAGAAUAUGUGUUAUGCACUAUAUUAGUGCUGAAUGUUUUUUUUCCCUUUAAGAUACAUCUUCUCCAUUAGAGCUAUUUCCUCAGUGUGUGUGUGUGUUUGUGUCUGUGUGUGUGUGUGUGUGUGUGUGUGUGUGGUGGUUUCUUUCCAUGUCAAGUUUUUCUAAGUGGACAUCCUUCACAAAAAAGUAAGUGAAGCUCAAGGUUCUUUCCCAAGGGAGCUUUGUCAACAGUCAACAGCCCCCUGGUGAUGAACAGAAGCCCUGAAUACGUUUCAAGUCAUGUUUGUGAGGUUGGACAUGGCUCUCAGAUUAAUCAUCUUUAACUCCUUGAUUCUAUGUGAAGAGAGAUGACAGAAAAUACUGGCUUGGACCCAUUGGGAUGCUUCCACACCUGUUAUAAAUGCUAAUGCUAACUUCUCAGUUUUCACAUAAGCAUUGAAUCUGUGGUUACCAAAGAAGACAAAGAAGAGUAUGUCAAACAUCAAAACAGUGGGAAGGGUAGAGGGCUGAAUAGAGACACACCAUUUUAUAUCCGCUAUUGCCUACAUACAAGUUUUUUUUGUGUGUGAAAACCCUUUCAUUUAAGUGUGGCUCUUACAUUGGUAAUCCGGACCAUUACAGAAGCACAAAAAAUCCAUAGACAAGAAUGAUUUUACAUGAUGCUUUACACAUUUGUUGUGGAAAUGUGGGUUAUUUAGUGUUGUGUGUGUGUGAUGAAGAAUUUAUUAAUAAAAUAAAAACUGAAUCUGUUUUCUUUGCAACUUCAUAGCUGUAAUUGUAUGGUUGUGCCUUUGGAAGGGUAGGCCUAGCCUAGCCUACUGCAUAAUUGUCCUGCUUGUGCUUCUCCCAUCCCCACAGUGGAGUUUCCAAA